GUGUUUCGAAUCUGCAGGAUAUAAAUUACACAAUAAUUAAAAAAUGUUUGGAAAAAAAAUAUUUAAAAGAUUUCAUCAAAACAUUAAUAUUUAUACAUUUGAAAUUCGAUUUCAUAAAAUGUGAAAUUCAUAAAGAAAAAUUAAUAGACUUUUUAAUCAAUAUAUCCUGCAGAUUCUUUAUUUACAAUUACUGUAAAGAUAUUAAUAAAAUAUUAAUAAAUAGGAGAGAGUGUGAUGAUGAUACGGAUUCCUAUAAGCUAAAAGCGAAAAAAUUAUACAUGAAAUGUUUUAAAAGAAAAAAAUAAAUUAUAUUAAAGGUUAUCAGUGUUUUAUUUAUUGAAAAACAUCUUAUAAAUAUUAAACAAAAAGAAACAAAAAUCUACCUAGACCCAGUAACCACUGCUUUAUGUAGCUAUAUGUAUAUAUAUUGACAAAUAGUUUCUUAAACCUGCGUUCAGAAGGCGCCACUUGUCUUACUUAGUUUGGUAGUCGAGUUGGACCUCUAUUUCAUAAUAUAAAAAGUACUCUGUGGGUUGUGUUGUGUAUCCGCACAUGAUACAAAUGUAUUAAUAUUUUUUCCCUGUAAAACUAAAUAAUUUAUGUAUUAGACCUAAAUAUAUUGUGGUAUUGAAUUAAGUGGCUCUAUAUUAUUUAUUAUAUUUGGUUAUUUACCUUAUCGGUUCCUAAUUUUCUCGAAAUUUGAGAACACUUUGGAGGAUCCAACUAAAAAAAAACUUAAAAUGGGUGCAAAAUCACUAGCACUAUCAUUUCAUGUAAAAGCAGAAUGUAAAGUAUCCAAAGCUCGCACUGGGUUGAUGAAGUUGCCUCAUUACGAAGUUAAAACUCCUGUAUUUAUGCCUGUUGGAACGCAGGGAACUAUGAAAGGACUUUUACCUGAUCAACUUGAAAAUUUGGAUUGCGAAAUAAUUCUAGGCAAUACCUAUCAUUUAGGGAAUAGGCCAGGAACAGAAGUCCUGACAAAAGCUGGUGGACUUCAUAACUUCAUGGGUUGGAACAGGGCACUGCUGACCGACUCAGGAGGUUUUCAAAUGGUAUCACUUCUCAAAUUAGCUGAAAUAACUGAAGAGGGUGUCAAAUUUAGAUCACCCUACGAUGAUUCUGAGAUCAUGUUAACUCCAGAGAAAUCUAUUGAAAUUCAAAAUUGUAUAGGUGCUGACAUCAUUAUGCAGUUAGACGAUGUUGUUCAGACAACAUUCCAAGAUUAUGACCGUAUAAAGGAAGCUACAGAAAGGACAAGCAGAUGGCUAGAUCGCUGUCUGGCUGCACAUCAGAGGCCUACAGAACAAAGCAUAUUUCCUAUAGUUCAAGGAUUGCUAAACCCAGAAUUAAGAUCUCAGAGUGCAAAAGAACACAUGACUAAGGAUGUCAAUGGAUUUGCCAUUGGAGGUUUAAGUGGAGGUGAAGCUAAAGAUGACUUCUGGCCGAUGGUCAGUUUGAGCACAGGAAUACUUGACAAUAAUAGGCCCAGGUAUCUGAUGGGCGUUGGUCUGGCAAUAGACCUUGUAGUCUGUGUUGCUCUUGGAGUAGACAUGUUUGACUGUGUGUUUCCUACCCGUACUGCAAGAUUUGGCUGUGCUCUUGUUUCAAAUGGUCAAUUGAAUUUGAAACAAAAACAAUAUGAAGCAGAUUUAAAUCCCAUUCAAAAGGAUUGCACAUGUUCAACUUGCAAAAACUACACUCGGGCAUACUUACAUAGCAUUGUGACAGUGGAAACUGUUGCCUGUCACCUUCUCUCAGUGCAUAAUAUUGCUUAUCAGAUGAACCUAAUGAGAACCAUGAGAGAAAAUAUUGAAAACGGGACAUUUCCCCAGUUUGUCCAAAAGUUUGUUAGUGAGUAUUUCACAGAUUGUGAAUACCCAAAAUGGGUGAUUGAAUCAUUAAGUUCCGUUGGAAUAAACUUGGUUAAAAACUAUUCAACUGUUUCCUUGAAGCUGUUCCUUCCAUUAUUAAGUUAGUCUUGCUAGAUAUAG